GACAGUGGUGCGAGCUCAUCUGGAAGUAAUGUACGAACAUUCUUCAUAGAUAUGGGGUUCCUGCCAUCCCUGGUUGAUUCAGUGAUUGAAAAAAAUGAAAAUUGAGAAGAGAGAACCUUAUCCUUUAGAGUUGACCCCAUGAAUUUUCUCCAACACUCGGAGGAAAAUAUUCAUUAAAAUGUAAUUGUGACCCCAAAAAGUUCACUUUGUGUAGAGUGUGAUAGUAAUCUUCACUAAGAGUUAUAUCUGUUCUUAAAUCCAGGUGAAGAUGAUGUAGAAUUGUUAUUAAAUACCCUAACUACAUAUUCGGUAAGUAGCCCAUAUGAUCAGCCUCAUUUUAAGAACCUAUUGCAGUCUUAUUGAUAUUGCUAGUCUUGAGAAACCAAUUUUAGUUGUAUAAUCAAUUCAAUUGUUCUUGUUAUUAUUAACUUCUUAUAUUUUUCAACCUUUUGUGGUUACUGGUUCUAUGUGUUAGCAUUAAAGCUUCAUUGGAAAGUGAAUGAGUUGUUUUAAUUGACUAGGCAGAACAAAAAUCAAUUCCUCAGUCAUCAGAUUCCCUUGAGGGCUUACAAAGUGGUAAAAUGGGCAGUAAUCCUCCACAUGUUUCAACUGUCUGUCAUAAGCAGGUGCAGGCUGCACAGACAUCAAAGUCUGAAUCAUCAGAUUCUCUAGAUAGCUUAUUUGAUGACAAGGAUGCACACAAUGAAAUCUCUUCAGUUAUACCAAAGGAGGAGGCUGAUGAUUAUUAUCAUAUUAGUGAUACCAAUAAAGCAUCCUUGUUAGUGAUGAACUUUUCUGCAGAUGAAGUCGACUUUGCGAUUGAUAAGCUUGGUGGAGAUGCUCCCCUUAAUGAAUUGGUGGAUUUUAUCAUUGCUGCACAGAUCGCUAUAAAAUUGGAGAAGGAAACAGAUGAUGCAUUCUGUAGAAAUGAAUUGAAAAAGGAGGAAAAUGAUGAAACUUUGUUUGUGACAAUGGAGAAGACACUUCGGUUGCUUGAAAUGGGCUUCUCUGAGAAUGAGGUUUCUUUGGCAAUUGAAAAGUUUGGAUCUGAAACUCAAGUCUCAGAGCUUGCCGAUUCCAUUGUUACUGGUCGAAUUGCUAGUGACUACCCUGGGGAUGUUAAGUGUUCUCCAAGCUCAUUCGGGAUUGGUGGUUUAUAUACUCGAGAAGAUUAUGUGACUAAGGUUAAAGCUGAAGAAUCCAGUUCCGCUGUUGGUCCUCUGCCAAGAAAUGUUAACAUUGAGGCAAUACAGAAAGGUAAAAGGCCAAAAGAAGAAAAUAUGGACGACCUUCUGAAUCCUACUACUCGUUUGAAUAAACAUAAAGGGAAAAGGCCAAAGCAAGAAUACGCUGAUGACUUGGGUUCUUUAUAUGGUCCUGGAUGGGUGGAAUCAAAAGUCAAUCCAGACAUCACCAGCUUUGACAUCCCCCCGUCUUCAAGACUAAAUCUCUCAAGAAGUCUUGAUAAGUUGGUGGCUAAGCCUCCAUGCCCACCUUUAAAAUCAAAUCCUUCUAGAGCUCUUGAAAAGGUGGUAACUAAACCUCCAUUUUUCUUGUAUGGAAAUGUUUUGGAUAUAUCUCGUGAUUCUUGGGCAAAAGUUUCCAAGUUCCUAUAUGCCGUUGAGCCUGAAUUCGUGGACACUCGGUCCUUCUCAGCUUUGAGUAGAACAGAAGGAUACGUGCACAAUCUUCCAUGUGAGAACAGGUUUCACAUCAUUCCAUUGCCUCCAAUGACCAUCCAAGAUGCUACACGUACAAAAAAAUGGUGGCCAUCCUGGGAUACAAGAAAGUAUUUGAGCUGCAUCAAUUCUGAAACUAGAGGAGUACCUCAGCUGUGUGAUAGGCUGACAAAGACGUUGACUGAUUCGGGCGGUCAUCCUUCAUCUCAUGAGGAGAGAGAUAUUCUUCAUCAUUGCAUAGCUUUGAACCUUAUUUGGGUCAGCCAGUUCAAACUGGCUCCGGUAGAGCCUGAACAGCUAGAAUGCGUGCUCGGCUAUCCGGUAAAUCACACCCAAGAUGCUGAAAGUAGCUCAAUAGAAAGACUUCAAUAUCUCAAGUAUUGUUUUCAGACAGACGCUUUGGGUUAUCAUCUAUCUGUUUUGAAGUCCAUGUUUCCAGAAGGAUUGGUUGUGUUGUCCAUUUUCAGUGGAAUUGGUGGGGCGGAAAUUGCUUUGCACCGUCUUGGCAUUCAUUUGAAAGUCGUGGUCUCAGUUGAGAGUUCAGCAGCAAAGAGAAGGAUUUUGAAGAAAUGGUGGCAUAGUAGUGGACAAACUGGGGAACUAGAGCAGAUAGAGGACAUACAGAAGCUAACAAGCAUCAAGAUUAACAAUUGGAUUACCAAAUAUGGCGGUUUUGAUUUGGUUAUUUGUCAGAAUCCAUGUUCUCGUUGUUUGUCAUCUUCAAAACUGAAUCAGAGUGGAGAUGCUGAGGGUAUAGCAAGUUUUGAUUUCUCUAUAUUUUAUGAGUUUGUCCGUGUUUUGCAGAGUGUAAGAAAUACCAUGCACAGAAAGAAGUGACAAUGUCCAACUCAUCUGCUUGUUCUAAUGAUAUUAAUAUUUAAUACACCGCCCAAUAUCAGACUAUUUUUGUAUUGAUUGCUUAAAGAUUUUCAGUCACUUUGACUCA